UAAAUGUAAGUAAACAAACUUGUGUAUAGUUGCAGUGAUUGUCUUUAAAAAAUAUAACGUAAUAUUAUAAUUUAUUCAGUUCCUAUGUUCAAGAAAUAAUAUAAACCAAAGUCCAUGGAGCUAACCAGGGUUGACUACACUCUUUUAGGGUUGACUUCACCUCAGUGUAUGAAGUUGUUACCAUGCACUAUGCCAAAAACUACUCAAAAAGUGGUAGUGGGAGACCAUGAUGGAGUCGUGCAAUUGUUCUCAGUAAAACGUGGAGAAAUCCAACUUGGGUUUAAAACCUUACCAGGGGAUAAAAUAACAAGACUUCAUCUUGGAGGAGCUCUUGGGAAUCCUCAGGAUAAAAUAUUUGUGUCUUCAAAAAAUGAAGUACGUGGAUACACUAAGAAAGGAAAACUAUUUCUUGGGUUUGAGACAAACUUGACGGAAACUAUACGCUCUAUGGCAGUUAGUGGCAGUGAUUUGCUGGUUUGUGGUACUCAGAUCUACAAUCAUUAUAGAGAUUGUAAAGAUGCUAACUCGUAUCUCUCUGCAGAUCGUAUUAAUGACGUCAUUGCACUAUCUGCUGAAAAGAUACACAGACUGACUCCUGUGUUGGCUUGUGAGGACAGGAUGCUGAGAGUUCUAGACCACUCCACUCUACUGCACAGUCUGCCAUUGACAGGGGUACCGACUGUGCUGCAUCUAUUCAAUAACGAUGGUGGGGCCAUUGGUGAUCAGCUUCUUUAUGGCACUGAUGAUGGAACUAUUGGAUUAGUUCAAAUUACUAAGACAGGGAUAUCUCAGAAAUGGCGGAUGGAGCCAGGGAGGCACCGUGGCGGGGUACAGAGUCUUUAUUGCUAUGACAUGACAGGAGAUGGUGUGGCAGACCUGCUGGUAGGACGUUCAGACGGCACUCUGCAAAUAUAUUCUAUCCCCACAGAACCAGCGGACGACAUCAACCAGCCAUCUGAGCGGUUCUCUUAUGUGUCUAAUGAGAGUAUAACAUCCAUUCAAGGAGGGAUUGUUGGGAACAGUGGGUUUGAUGAAGUGUUGGCAACUACGUACACAGGUUGGUUUUUCGGCUUGACAACAGAAGUUAUUGACAAACAGAUGAGUGGUGAGGGUGGAGACCUGAACAGCAAAGUUAAAAUAUCCAGUGAUGACAAACUCAAGAUUGUCCGACUGAGAACAGAAAUAGAAGAGUUAGAACAGAAACUAAUGAAAGAAAGGGAAAAAUACCAUAAUGCGUCCAUUGAAGAUGGUGUUGGAUUUUCAACGAUUCCAUUCUUCAGUAUUAAUGAUAAGUUAACACUGAUGCAGGACACAGCUGUGUACCAGUUGGUAAUAGAGGUGGAGAUGGCCAUUGAUAACAUCCUGCUGCAGAGUGACAUACCCCUGGAGUUGCUAGAUGUAGACAAGAACUCUGCAGUGCUCAGCCGCAGUGCGUGCUCUGCUGGCUCAGACAACCAGCUGUUAGCCACCUAUCGCUGUCAGAUGAACACCACACGGCUAGAAUUAUGUCUGCGCACAGUGGAAGGUGUGCACGGCACUCUCUGUGUAUACAUCACUCCUGUGGUACAGCCUAAGUGCUGUCAACUGCGCAGGCACCAGAUCAAACCUCUCUCUCUGCACACUCGCUGCCAUGAGCUGGACACUAACAGGUGCUACAACAAUCUACAGCUGAAAGGGAACUUCAGUGUAGCCGAGAUGCACUCAUGGGUCAGUAAUUGCCUGCCAGAAGUGCCUGAGAAGCCGCCACUGGGUGAGAAAGUCAGUUACAUCUUUACCUCUGUGCUCAUGUUCUCCAUGCUUCACUGCACAUACAGCAAAGGAGAAGCUGAAUUUCUCUCUGAUAAUGUAACAACCAUAGGAAUACUGAAAGAUGUCAUAACAAAAGAAGCCACAAAGAAGAAAAUAAAACUUGAAAUUUCUACAGUUAUCAAUGAGGAGAGUGCAGCGAGUGUGAUACGUCGGCUAGACUCUCGCCUGGUGUCUGAAGUGACUCUGGCCAGACAAGUGGGUCUGCUGGAGGCUCUCAGGGAGCUGGAGUCUGUGGAGGGGCGGCAGUUCCUGAGUCCAGAGUAUCAGGAGAUACUGGACAAUCAGCGACAACUAAUGUCUCGACACUCUAGCCAGCCAGGCUACCUCAACAGGCUCAUUGAGACAAUUGCUGAAUUGUAUGUGGAUUGGCACAAGUUCAAAGGGGUUAAUGCCAGAAUCAAGAUUCCUCUUCUGAUGGAACUCUUACAGAACUACAACUUGAAUGAGCUGAUUAGCUUCUUCAAUUAAUAAAUAAAACUCUUUACAUUUA